AUGAAAAAUGACGAUGACAAGAAGCCCAUUACCAGCAAAUAUUCCCGGCGCCACUCAUCACUGGCGGCCCAGACUUUUGUACACCACGUUCUUGUCUUCGACCCCGAGGAACAUGGCGUAUUUGACGUAGAAGGCCUGCAGCCUCACCGCGCCACCGCAUGCGGUGGUGUAAUAAGAGCCGACUUUGGUCGCCGCACGGAUGACGCUGGUGGCGGAGUCGGGCAUGGAGAGGUCAUUGCGGCAUUGUUGAUCUCUUCGUUUCACUCGCUUUCUGUUUACUUCGCCGACAAGGAGAGUCUUUUUCAAAAGUGUAGCUGUUUAGUGGAGAAUUCUAACUGGAUUAAGGAGUUCUCCAACUUGGGUAUGGUGCCUGUUGGGAGCAAGAUGGUUUGUUCAACUGUUACUAAAGUACGGCUUGGCACGGAAUCAAUGACCGCUUCAACUAAUGUUCCGAACUUGCAGUUUCGAAGACCAUUAGAAGCUGAAUCUAGAUGUCAUUUCACUGGAAACAAUCGGCCUUUCCGUCCCGUAAAUGAACAAGCUGCGUCUCAUGGUCAUCUUCCUCGGCUCCCUUUUAGUGGACGAAAUAAAUCUUUCUGUCCCUUGAACGAACAAGCUGUGUCUCAUGGUCAUCUUCCUCGGCUCCCUUUCACCGGUCAAAAACAAUCUUUCUGUCCCAUAAAUGAACAAGCUGCAACUCAUGGUCAUCUUCCUCAGCUCCCUUUCGCCAAUAGAUUUUAUCCUGAUAUUGAACAUGUAAAAAGAGGUCUGCUAAGAUUUUCGGGUAAAGGAGAUUCUGGUCAACCCAUAUGUGGUAGUUCAGAAGUCAUUGAACCUUUGCCAAAGCGUUUGAAGCUGGAAAAUCCUACCUCUCCCUGCUUGCCUUACAGUGGUAUGUUUUAUGCGAUGGCUCCAUUGAAGGGUCAACAAAGUUUUUCCAACCUUCCACCCUUGGUGCAGUCGCCAGAGCUUCUUGAAUCUUCUAAUUCUGAGAUUAUGGAGGUGAAGACCGAAUCGUUACCAAAGUUUAUAGAAAAGUCCACAGGUGAUAAAGAGAUCGGUGAGGAUUUGGAGGAGGUGAACACCAAAUGGAUAUCAAAGCUUAUGGAAGAUUCUUCAAGUGCUGAAGAGAUGGACAAGGAUGUAGUAGACAGUUUUACUAUAUCGGCUACAGAGCGUUUUCCUGGUACUCCAGAGGCGGUUAACGCUAGUUAUGAAGUAGCAGAAACUGAUGUAGUUGGGAAUAAUAAAGAAGAGGAUAUCGACUUUGUAAAUGGUACUGAUAAUUCAGAUGAUGAAAGAGAUCACUUCAACAAAAUGGAAACGAAGUUUGAGAGUCAAAACCAAAGAGGUGUUUCCUUGAUAGAAAAUUUCACAGCAAAGCAAAUAAAGGAGCAUAUAUCAACUCUCAGAAAGUGCAUUGAUAAGGAUCUUGGAAAGAAAGAAAGGGAAAACGGAAACGGAAUCAGCAACGUUGAAAGUAAUGAUCCGUGCCAGUUGUGUGGAGAGGCUAAGCUUUCACUUUCUCCUGCACCGAUAUAUUGCUCGUCAUGUUGUGUCCGUAUCAGACGCGAUGCAAUGUAUUAUAGCAUACCUGAAGUGAUACCUGAAGCAAAUGGCAUCAACCAUUAUCUUUGUUCCGCAUGCUAUAAGGCAUCUCGGUCUCAGAGUAUCACAGCUUCUGGGAUAUCUGUUUCGAAGUCAAAGCUAAUUAAAAUAAAGAAUGACGAGGAACCAGAAGAAUGGUGGGUUCAGUGUGAUAAAUGUAAAUGUUGGCAACACCAGAUAUGUGCUCUCUUUAAUGAGAAAAAGAAUAAGGAAGGAAAAGAUUUUGUCUGCCCAAAAUGCUGCUUAAAAGAAAUUGAAAACGGAGAACGGAUGCCCCCACCAGUGAGUACUGUUUCCGGUGCAAAAGAUCUGCCGCGAACCAGACUCAGUGAUCACUUAGAGCAAAGACUGUCUAGGUGUCUUCAGAAAAACAGGCAAGAGAAGGCAAGGGCUACAGGAAUGAGCAUUGAUGAGGUUCCUGAAGUAGAAGGUCUUAUUAUCAGGGAGGUUUUAUCUGUUCAGAAACAUGUAAAAGUGAAUGAGCAGCUUCUAGAUAUACUUAAUGAUCAGAAUUACCCUGCUGAAUUUCCAUACAAGUCAAAGGUUAUUCUUUUAUUUCAGAAUAUUGAAGGGGCAGAUGUAUGCCUUUUUAUCAUGUAUGUCCAAGAGUAUGGCGCAGAAUGCGGUCAACCAAAUCAACGCAGCGUGUAUAUCUCGUACCUUGAUUCUGUUAAGUAUUUUAGGCCCGAAACAGAAAUUGCUGCCAGCGGAGAAGCUCUUCGAACUGUUGUUUAUCACGAAAUAUUGGUAGGAUACCUCGACUACUGCAAGAAAAGGGGAUUUGCAACCUGUUACAUAUGGGCCUGUCCGCCAAGGAAAGGAGAAGAUUAUAUAUUGUAUUGCCACCCAAAGAGUCAGAAAAUACCGAAGCCUGAUAAGCUGCGGCAGUGGCAUAAAACCACGCUAAAAAAGGCUUCUAAAUCUGGCAUAGUGGUCGAUGUGACGAACUUAUAUGAUCAACUUUUCUCCACUGGGAAAUACAACACCAAGGUGACAGCAGCUCAUUUGCCAUAUUUUGAUGGUGACUAUUGGUCUGGUGCUGCCAACGAUGUGAUAGAACAAAUCAAGAAAGACUCAAAAACUAUGAGCAUGAAAACUAUGUCAAAGAGAACAUUGCAAUCCAUGGGACACGCAAAUCCAUCUGGUCAUGCAAUUAAGGAUAUUCUGCUGAUGCAGAAGCUGGGCCAAAAUAUAUUACCUAUGAAGGAGGAUUUCAUCAUCGCUCACCUGCAGUUCGUCUGUGUAUGCUGCCAUAGAGCCAUUUUAGAUGGAUGCCGCUGGUCUUGCCAUCUGUGUAAAAGCUUUCAGCUUUGUGGAAGGUGCCAUGAUGCAAAACAAAGAACCUACAACGAUUCCACUCACACUUUAUCGAAUGGUGAAAAACAUUCACUCCAUCGGAACAUGGUGGAUGAUGUUCUUUCUGAUACUGAUGGUAAAGAUGUCUGCAUGGAUAAUGGUCUAUUUGAAGAUAGGUACAAGUUUUUGUUCUUCUGUCAGAAGAACAACUAUCAGUUCGACACGCUUCGUCGGGCCAAGCAUACCUCGAUGAUGAUCCUAUAUUACCUUCACAAUCCGGAGGCGUUGCUUGCUACCACCAACUGCUGUAUUUGUAACAAGGACACACCAAUAGACCAGUGCUGGCACUGUGAGACCUGUUCUGAAUUUUUUGUCUGUGCUGCAUGCUAUCAACGAGACGGUUGUUCCUCGCACACUCAUAAGUUGACUCCUCAUUCUUCCGCCAUUGAUUCUUCGUCUGAGAACAGAGAGAUCACGAAGACCGAUAAAUUAUCUGAAGCACUGGAACUCUUGCUACAUGCCACUCGUUGUCCCUCGCUCUGCUCCGACUCCAAUUGCCGUCUCAUGAAAAGGCUAUUCUUCCAUUCAAAAAUCUGCACCGUUAGGGCAGCCGGAGGUUGUAGACACUGUAAGAAGACAUGGCUUAUACUGAAACUGCACUCGACAAAUUGCGAAGAAUCCCACUGCGCCGUGCCACGGUGCAGGGACUUAAAGCUGCAUGCAAAAGCUUUGGCACAGAGGGAUGCAGCUCUUUGA